AGAUGGCAUUAUGCUAUAAAGGAUGAGGAAAAUAGUCAAUUACCCUCCAAUUCUAAGCCCCCCAACACCCCAGAUUGAUCUAUAACAAGGUCAAACAACUACCUUCUCUUCACCAUUUGAUAGGCCAUCCCCAGCUCUUGUAGCCACCAAAACUCUCCCGGAAAAGCAAUGGACUUCUCACCAUUUCAGCCUUCUUCCUGGCAUUUCCUCUUCACCUCUCCUCUUCUUGUUUCCUACCAAUUCACCCCAGAUAACUAUGUUCAUUGGACCGAAACACCCGAGUCUCACAUUUACUCAGCCAACCUUCCUGGUGUGAGGAAAGAGGAGAUAAGAGUGGAGCUUGAGGACUCAAGAUACCUCAUAAUCCGGACAGAGGCCAUUGAUGAAUCAACAAAGCCUGCAAAGAGCUUCAUGAGGAAAUUCCGGCUUCCAGAUAUGAUAGAUAUCGAUGGCAUCUCAGCUGGGUAUGAGGAUGGAGUCUUGACAGUUACAGUGCCAAGAUCUUUUGUGAGGAGGGGAUUCUAUAUUGAUCCUGGAGACUUACCAGAACAGCUAGAACUUCUUGCAAGGGCAGCUUGAAUUCAUAACUUCCUGGAUAGUUAGUUCUCUAGUUUCUAAAAAUUUGGUUAUUACAAAUACUAGGCAUUGGGGGUGUGCUAGAUUUGGAGAUUGCUUUAUGUAUUCUCAUGUAUAAAAAAUUAUGAAAACUGGCAAUGAAGUAUCAGAUUGUACCGGUUUUUGCUCCAUUAA